AUGGAGGGCCCUCUGGCGGAGUGUGCCAAGGGCGACCACUUCCACAUCGUCACACCUCUGCUGGAGAGCCGGGCACCGUCUCAGGUGGCGGUCAUGCCUGUCUUCCUCAAGUAUGAAAAUGCGCAGCCGACUGGCUCCUUCAAGAUCCGUGGCAUUGGACAUUUCUGCCAGGAGGUGGCCAAAAAGGGAUGCAGACACCUGGUGUGCUCCUCAGGGGGUAAUGCAGGCAUCGCUGCUGCUAGCUGCUCACUCCGCUCCCCGGAGGGCACCUCUCUGCAGGUGGUGAGCAGGCUGCAGGGGGAGGGGGCCGAAGUUCAGCUGACUGGAAAGGUCUGGGACGAGGCCAAUCUAAGGGCACAAGAGUUGGCCAAGAAGGACGGCUGGGUGAACAUCCACCCGUUCGACCACCCCCUGAUAUGGGAAGGCCACGGGAGCCUGGUGCGGGAGCUGGAGGCAGUGCUGGGGACCCCACCGGGUGCCCUGGUGCUGGCAGUGGGGAGCGGAGGCCUCCUGGCCGGGGUGUCGGCUGCUCUGGCAGAGGUGGACUGGCAGCGUGUGCCCCUAAUUGCCAUGGAGACCCAAGGGGCACACUGUUUCAGUGCGGCCAUCAAGGCAGGCAGGCUGGUGACACUGCUGGACAUCACCAGUGUAGCCAAGUGCCUGGGUGCCAGGACGGUGGCUGCACAGGCCCUGGCGUGUACGAAGGAGUUCAAGGUCUUCUCUGAGGUGGUGGAGGAUGUUGAGGCCGUGAGCGCCGUGCAGCGGUUCCUGGAUGAUGAGUGAAUGUUGGUGGAGCCUGCCUGCGGGGCAGCCUUAGCUGCCAUCUACUCAGGCCUCCUGGGGAGGCUCCAGUCUGAGGGCCGCCUGCACCCUUCCCCUGCCUCAGUCGUGGUCAUCGUGUGUGGAGGCAACAACAUUGACAGUGGAGAGCUACAGGCUCUGAAAGCCCAUCUGGGCCAGGGCUGA